GAGGCGCGAUUAAAGUACUCGUUCGCCCAGUAAAUAGAACAUUAGGAGAGAACUCUACACGUGUUUUUCAGGAAAAAGUAAACACUUCUGAUCUACAAUCUGAUAGAGCUUGUGAGCAAGCGAGUAUUUAACAUGUUACUCAGGAGGUAGUGUGUGAGUCCGUAGGUAUUCAUCGUGUGGAAGUUAAAAGACACAAUCGAUUUUGCUGAUUUAUUAACACCGAUUUAGCGUAUAUAGUUUCGGAGUUGUACACUUUCUGGCUGUACGGAAGCUUGUGCUAUCGUCGUGCACGGAAGAAGGUGCGGGGUUGAUUAUAAACUAGUCGUGUUGACAGCAACCCCUCUUCUUUUUUUCUUUCCUUCCUUAAUCUCAACUCUUCCUACGACAACAACAACAAAUUGACAAUUCGUGGAUUAAACUCUGUUCUCAUAACUCCAAUACCCCUUCAAUUUAUAUAUUAAAACAAUCGAAUAAACCGGCCAAAAUGUCCGUAAUCGUCACCGUCAUAUACCCCAAGACCGAAACCUCGACUUUCGAUUUAGACUACUACAUGAAGAAACAUAUGCCACUUGUUCAAGAGAAAUGGGGCUCUCACGGAUUGAAGAAUUGGACUGUUACCAAGUUGGAUGAGAGCGCAGGAUACUCUAUGCAAGUAAUUUUUUGGUUCGAGAGCAAGGAGGCAUGGGCUGCCGGUGUAGCCGCCGAAGGCCCAACUGUUAUGGGAGAUGUUCCAAACUUUAGCUCAGAGAAGCCUUUACUUGUUGUUGGAGAAGAGGUUAAGAGAGUUGUUUAAGGCUAUGGUCGCUAAAUUAUGGCUGUGAUUGUUUUGACGCGCGUCGUGGUGGAAUGAUCUGGGUGUCGUACGAAGUUUAGUGGAAAAGACAAUACGAUUUUGAAAUAUUGUGCAUAUUCUUAAAUCUGCAUUGGGAAACCCAAAUUGCGA